AUGGACGAGUUUCGUCACGAACUCAGUAGCGUUCCACCAGUCACGAAAGUUUAUACUCUUUUGUGCCUUGCAUUGACAGUCAGUGUUCACCUCCAUAUACUUUCUCCUCUGCAAAUAUAUUUCAAUCCCUACCUAAUUUUCCACGACUUUCAGCUAUGGCGUCUGGUGUCCUGCUUUUGUUAUUUCGGCACGAUCGACUUCAACUUCCUCUUCAACAUGAUAUUCGUCUACCGAUAUUGUCGAAUGCUAGAGGAGAAUCAGUUCUACGGCAGAUCAGCUGACUUCCUCAUGAUGUUUUUGUUUGGAGGUGUCCUCUCCAUAAUUGCAGCGAUUUUGCUACAGAUGAUUUUCCUUAGUCAUGUGUUGACAACAAUGCUGGUGUACGUUUGGAGUCGUAAUAAUCCCUCAGUGAUGUUAAAUAUCCUUGGCCUGAUUACGGUGCAUGCACCCUACUUGCCGUGGGUUUUUUUUGCCAUCUCAUACAUCCUGGGUAACAACGCCACAAUGGACUUUGUUGGUAUCGUGAUCGGGCAUCUGUACUACGUGUUGGAGGACGUCUUUCCUAACCAGCCCAAUGGAUUUCGAAUUCUCCGCACGCCUGAGUUUCUGUGGGUAUCACUUUACUUCUACUUGCCCCCAGCGCGAAACUUACUUGAUCGACGCAAUGCUGAUCCCGCUUACCAGCCGCUACCCGAGGAGCGACCUGGUGGGUUCGAGUGGGAUGCGCACUAG